GCUGAUGAGAAGCGUCAUGAGACUGCUUACACCAAGAUUGUAGAGAAGCUCUUUGAAAUUGACCCUGAUGGCACGAUCUUGGGUCUGGCUGAUAUGAUGAAGAAAAAGAUCUCAAUGCCUGCACAUUUAAUGUAUGAUGGCCAAGAUGAUAACCUGUUUGAGCACUUCUCAACCGUUGCCCAGAGGCUUGGUAUCUACACAGCCAAGGACUAUGCUGAUAUUCUGGAGUUUCUUGUUGAACGGUGGAAUGUGGAGACUUUGUCAGGCCUUUCCAGUGAAGGACACAGGGCCCAGGACUUUGUCUGCGGACUACCUACAAGAAUCCGCAAAAUUGAAGAGAGAGCUCAAGGAAGAGCCAAAGAAGCAGCCAAAAACAUACCAUUCAGCUGGACUUUUGGCAGAAAUAUCAGGGCUUAAGAAGUUUAGUACACAAUUCUCUUUCGAAUUAUCCCAAGUAAGCCAUAAAGGUCUUCACCAACCAUCUCAUUCUCACCAAUGAAGGACCAGUUUUAAGACCACGAAAGUUCAUUUGAAUAUGUUUUGUUUUAUACGGAACAUUGUAGAUAAAAGUUAUGUGGUUAGGUAAUGUUUCUUGUUUGAAUCAGUCAAGACCAGAGAAAAGUGUUUGAGUGUUCUCUUAGUGAUAAUGUAUGGUUUACCAAGAACAAGACUUACGACUUUGGUUUACCUUUUUGAUUCUAUUUUUGUUGUAUCAGUUUAAAUAAUGGUGUUCUCUCUUACAGUAGUAAAGCUUCCGUUUCUUAAUGUCAAA